AAAUUUAAUCCCGGAGCUUCUCUGAAGUCCUGGAGCACCACUGACUCCUCACGGACCCUCGUUUUAACCCUGGCCCGCUGGCUACCUCUAAUGCCUGUGAACGGCGACCUCUGACCUCCACACACCUUGCUGUUUGCAGACUGGUGACCUUUCACACACCACAGAAAACACGUGAACACGUGGGUUCACAUGUCCUGCUGUGAUCACAUUAAAAUGAUGUUACAAACAGUGGCUGAAAGUUUAAAUCGGAGCAAUCUAGCAAUCAAAACAAAAUAGAAUAACAGCGAAUAAUGGAGAAAAUCAUUUGUUUUCGUUUGAUAAUAAUACAAUACGUAAAAUAUGUUUGAUUAAUACGUGAUUAAAAAUAUUUUUAGUCAGAUAAACUUGCGUUUUGAAUUUUUAAAAACAGGUUGAGGGGGAAAGCAACAUACAAGGUUUUCUCUUUUUCUCGUUUUUGAAACGACACCGGAAGGACGAGACGGCUGCUGCUUCACUGUCAACACCGCAUCUUGGUUUGACCUCGCUCCGUGUGAGUCGCUUUUCAGUAUUUAACUAAGAACAAACAAAGCCUCCGCUGUCUGGUUUAGUGACAUUACGUUAUUAAAUGAAACGAUUUUCAUAAACUGAACGUCUGCCGCGUUGAUCGUUCCGUGAGCACCUGAAGGCACCGGAACUUCAGGCCUGUCACGUGACUGAGAACUGCGCCCCGCGGGUGACACGAGCGAGCCGAAGUUCACCACCGCCCAGAAUCGUCGUCCACAUCGCGCUGUCAUGUCUCUGCGUUAUCUGAACAAGGUCGUCGUGGUGACCGGCGGCUCCAGGGGGAUCGGCAGAGGAAUCGUCAAAGUCUUCGUGGAAAAUGGCGCAAAGGUGGUUUUCUGUGCGAAGAGCGAAGCCGAGCGCGGAGACCUGGAGCUGCUGCUCAACCGGACUGGACCGGGCUCGUGUCACUUCGUGCCGUGUGACGUGUCCCAGGAAGACGACAUCAAGACUCUGAUUUCCAGCACGGUGCAGACUCACGGACACAUCGACUGCCUGGUCAACAACGCUGGCUGGCAUCCGCCACACAAAGCCACGGAUGAGACCACGGCAGAGGAGUUCCGGGAGCUGCUGAACCUGAACCUCCUCAGCUGUUUCCUGGCCUCCAAAUACGCGCUCCCGUUCCUGAGGCAGCGACAGGGCAACAUCAUCAACCUGGCCAGCCUGGUGGCCACUCUGGGUCAGAAGGACGCCGUGCCAUACGUGGCCACCAAGGGGGCGAUCGUGUCAAUGACAAAGGCCAUGGCCGUGGACGAAAGCCGCUUCAAUGUCCGAGUCAACUGUAUUUCCCCCAGUAACGUGCUGACCCCUCUGUGGGAGGAGCUGGCGGGACAAACUCCGGACGCGGCAGCAACCAUCAGAGCAGGCGAGAACUUCCAGCUGAUUGGCCGGAUGGGCAGCGAGGAGGAGUGCGGACUGGCGGCCUUGUACCUCGCCGCGGACGCGACCUUCUGCACAGGAACGGAGCUCCUGCUGAGUGGAGGAGCCGAGCUCAACUACGGCUUCAAGAGCCAGGUGUCGCCGUGCACCUGAAGGCAUCGCUGCCCACCACCCAGGUCUUAAACUGACAUCAGUUAUCAUUCGGGGACGGGGGUCAGUCAGUCGGCCCCCGGGCCUAACUUGGGACGCACCUGUUAUACACCUGUUCUGAGGCUGCAGUUUCACCCCUGAAGGAGGGAAAGUGAAAGUGGCUGUGAAAGUAUCAACACUGAAUAAUGCGAAUAGCUGGACGAACUUUUCUGACAUGUCUCACCUUAACCAGAACCAAAUUGAAACCCAAGUUAUCUUGAAAAUGCCAUCCUCAAGUUGAGGCGUGGACUUGGAACCGUCAAAAGGCUGCCCACAAAGUGUCCUCACAAGUAUGUGUUUUUCCCAGACUUAGUCCCCACAAUGACAUUCUUAAUGCCGUGUGUGUGUGUGUGUGUGUGUGUGUGUGUGUCUGUGUGUGUCUGUGUGUGUGUGUGUGUGUGUGUGUGUGUGUGUCUGUGUGUGUGUGUGUGUGUGUGUGUGUCUGUGUCUGUGUCUGUGUCUGUGUGUGUGUGUGUGUGUGUGUGUGUGUGUGUGUGUGUGUGUGUGUGUGUGUGUGUGUGUGUGUGUGUGUGUGUGUGUGUGUGUGUGUGUGUGUGUGUGUGUGUGUGUGUUUGUUUGUUUUUGACCCAGGCCAUGGUUCUGGAACUUCUCGAGCCGGUCCAAAUCCGACCUGCCAGUGGAGCUCGUGCUGGUCACCAGCGUGAGACGACAUUUGCUCGUGGAGUUAGGAACCAUGUGUCAAUGUUUGGUGACAGUGAGUCAACAUGUUGUGAUGCUGAUUGUGACUGUCAUUUUCACCUUGAAAGACAAUCUCUGUUCCUGGGGGGGGGUUAGUGUUCCAGGAUCAAUGUGUCUCUGUACAUUGCACCAUCAAUGUUUUAGCACAACUGAACAACAAAACAACAAAAAUGGUGACAGAUGAAUUCUUUAAAAUAAGUGUGGGGGAAAAACCCUGUUGGUAGUUCUGUUUGUUCAAGUCAUGUAUAGAAUUCCUCAAUAUUUAAUGUUACAAUCAAUCAGUGUAACAUUCUUGUCAAAGCUAAUUAUUGUAAUACAACUAUUUAUUGAUAUUAAAAAGCUGUUAGAGCCACUGUUUUUAAAAAAAUUACUUUAUUUUCAUUAUUCUCUCCUGCUCAUUUUCUUUUAUCAAGACAUACUUUUUUAAAAAUCAUUUAGUUUUAAUUUAUUUUUUGUGCUUUAAAACCAAUAUAUUAUUUUAAUAUAUAUUUUGUUUUUUAAUUUGUCAUCUUAUUAAUUUCUUAAACAGUAGAUUGGUAAAAGUUAUAGAAGAAUAAUAUAAAAU